CUUUACAUCUACAAGGUGGACUGACAAGGAAUGGGUGGGACAUCACUGAGAAAUAUUAACCUUGCUAAAAGCAGAGCUUGCCCAGUCUUACUGGCUGACUUUGGCAAAAUGAAGUGGAGUCUAGUCGUACAAUGCCUUUCCUUCUUUUUCUGUGUUCAUACCUCAAUACAAAGAGAGGUGAUGUGUCCCGUGCCCACAAUCGAAAAUGCAAAGACACUGAAGAAACCAGGCACACAUAUUGAGUACGAGUGCCUACAUGGAUAUGAACCCGACAGGUUUACCAUCACCUGUAAUGAGCAGGGAGACUGGGACAACAUGCGCCACUGCACUGCAAAAACACUGUACUGUGGCCCACCCCCAUCAAUCGAACAUGCAGUACAGGAUUUUAAGGAACAAUAUAAGGAUGGAGAAACCGCUACUUAUGUCUGUCCUUCAAACUACAUUAAGGAUGGUGAUCCAUACAUGAUCUGCUCACGAGGCAGAUGGAUAGGAAAAGGGAAAUGCUUGCAAAUUACUUGUGAUAUUCCCUUUGGCCAGCAUGUGUCUUACCCUGAUUACUACUUUGGUGGGGACAGAAAAUUGGGGGUGAAAAAAUCAUUCCGGUGUGAAAGUGGGUAUGUCUCACAAACUGGAACUGCCACGUGUACAGAGAACGGCUGGAUUCCAAAUCCACUGUGUACUGAGAUUGCGUGUCCUGAGCCAAGAAUUGACCAUGCAAGACAGCUGGACAAUCCACUCCAAACUUAUAAACCAGGUGCACGUAUUCGGUACCAGUGUCUGCAUUUAUCUAGAACGUUUGAGAUCACCUGUGAUUGGCUGGGAAAAUGGAAGGAUAUGCAGUCCUGCCCUGGGCCAGCUUCAUGUCCAGAACCUCAUACGGUGAUAAACAAUGCCGCCAUUAAUGAACCUCAAAAGGUCAAGAGCAGCUACACAGGAGGAGAAACUGUGGAAUAUAAAUGUUCUGAGGGAUUUGUGUUUGAGAACGAAAACAUUGCCCGCUGUACUGGGAGUGACUGGACGUACCCAAAAUGUAUAUCAACAAGACAGGACUGUGGCCAGCCGCCACAGAUUGAAGAUGCUGUACAGGAUUUUAAGGAUCGAUAUGAGGACGGUGAAAAAGCUGCUUAUGCCUGUCCUGCAUUCUACGUUAAGGAAGGUGAUCUGACCUGCACACGAGGCAGAUGGACAGGAAGUGGGAAGUGCUGGAGACCCUGCACUGUGGAUCUUAAAGCUAUGGGUGACCAUCAUUUACAGCUGAGGCAUACAGACACAGAAAAAAUCUAUUCAACUCAUGGAGAUGUUAUUGAGUUUUCUUGUAAAAGAGGAUAUAGACGAGGGAAAGACAGUGUUCCUUUCCGUCAGCGCUGCACUAAUGGACACAUUGACUUGCCUGUUUGUGAAUAUUGGGUCACAGGUUCCCAUUAAAGUGCUGUGGGGAUUUAAUUGUGCUCUUCACUGCUUAAAGAAGAAUCAGUCAUUUUAACCUGCUGUGUUAAUGUUUAGAUGUUUGUGUAGUGAUAAAUAACUGAGGAGGCUGCCAUUCAAACUACAUUCAGAUAAACUUCCAUUCAGUUAAUAGAAGAAUGGAUUGUGUGCAGUCAAACACAACAAAUGAUGAUGACCAGAGAUCUUCACUCACUUUCAUGAGCUAAAUAAACCAAUUAAAUGAAGAUUGUAAAACACAGUGUUUGAUAUAAUUAAGAUCCCAAAUCCAUCUCCUGAGAAAUAUCAUUUACAAACUUAGCAUCUUAAGUGGCAUUAAAGAAGAAGCUCUUUGAACUAUUCAUAAGCUUUGCUUGCUUUGUUGUUCAAUAUUUGUUUUUCUGCAAAAUUAAUAAAGCAUUUAAGAAUGU